UCGCGGGGGCGCACAGAGGUGCGCUCGCAUCGUGCGCUCGGCUCCGCGCGGCUCUCGGCGGCAGCGGCGGGCCGGGGCGCAGGGCUGAACGAGCGUCCGAGAAAGGCGGCGGCGGCUCCGGCGCGCGGCCCGGCUCUCGGCCACUGCCCUAGCCCGGCCACCUCUUGGCCAUGGCUCUGGCGGACAGCACUCGUGGACUACCCAACGGGGGGGGUGGCGGCGGCAGCGGCUCCUCGUCGUCCUCGGCUGAGCCGCCGCUCUUUCCCGACAUCGUGGAGCUGAACGUGGGGGGCCAGGUGUAUGUGACCCGGCGCUGCACGGUGGUGUCGGUUCCCGACUCGUUGCUCUGGCGCAUGUUCACGCAGCAGCAGCCGCAGGAGCUGGCCCGGGACAGCAAAGGCCGCUUCUUUCUAGACCGAGACGGCUUCCUCUUCCGCUACAUCUUGGAUUACCUGCGGGACUUGCAGCUCGUGCUGCCUGACUACUUCCCCGAGCGCAGCCGGCUGCAGCGCGAGGCCGAGUACUUCGAGCUGCCGGAGCUCGUGCGCCGCCUCGGGGAGCCCCAGCAGCCCGGCCCCGGGCCGCCGCCGCCGCACUCGCGGCGCGGGGUGCAGAAGGAGGGCUCGCUGGGCGACGAGCUGCUGCCGCUCGGCUACGCGGAGCCUGAGCAGCAGGAGGGCGCCUCGGCUGGGGCGCCGUCGCCCACCCUGGAGGUGGCUAGCCGCAGCCCGUCGGGGGGCGCGGCCGGCCCGCUGCUCACGCCGUCCCAGUCGUUGGACGGCAGCCGACGCUCGGGCUACAUCACGAUCGGCUACCGCGGCUCCUACACCAUCGGGCGGGACGCGCAGGCGGACGCCAAGUUCCGGCGAGUGGCGCGCAUCACCGUGUGCGGCAAGACAUCGCUGGCCAAGGAGGUGUUCGGGGACACCCUGAACGAGAGCCGGGACCCCGACCGGCCUCCGGAGCGCUACACCUCGCGCUAUUACCUCAAGUUCAACUUCCUGGAGCAGGCCUUCGACAAGCUGUCCGAGUCGGGCUUCCACAUGGUGGCGUGCAGUUCCACGGGCACCUGCGCCUUCGCCAGCAGCACCGACCAGAACGAGGACAAGAUCUGGACCAGCUACACCGAGUACGUCUUCUGCAGGGAGUGAACUCCCCACACCCCCUUGCGAGUCCAGCGCGCCCAUUCCCUCUCCUUCUUGCCCGGGAGAGGGCUAUAGAUUUCCCCUCCCACCCCACGUUCUCCCAUUCCCCUGUUCCCCACCUGCGGUAGACCCACUGACCCCUCACUUUAGAACCUGCAGCCACAGAUCCUCUCGGCUUCUUCGUCUUCUCUGGACCCCACUAAAAGAGAGAGCCCAGACGUACCUCUCCACCCCAUGCUUCCUCUGCCCCCGACCUCAACCCACCCCUCCCCCGGAUUGUCCUUCAGUCUGGAUGUAGUGGGACAGUGUGGCUACAAAGUCACCUAGUACCUGGGAAUGACUGAAUUGUUCCGAACCUAACUGGACCCUGUCCAGUGUAUAGAAGAUUCCUUGAAAUCUUCUCAAGCCCUGAUGACUCAUUCGCGUUUUAAGAGAGAGAAUUGGUAGCAGUGUCUGGGAAUAGUUUUGAAAGGUCAUUUAUUACGCAGUCUUUUGACCCUCUUUAAAGGUGAAGUUUUAGAAGACUGAAUGGAAGACUCCAGAGCUGGAAUUAGGAUCCCGCGGAGGCUGUUCAGGGACUAUAAAUGAAUAAAGUUUUGAAAAGUUACAGGUAGAAGUAGGAGAAGAAUCUGGUGAUGGCACAAUGAAGGAGCGUUUGGUUUCCGUCCAGAUUUAAAGGUCUUCGCCUGUGGUUUAAACUUGUAGAAAGUUCCCCUCCUGCCUGAAGAGGCACCCUUUCUCCUGGGCUCACUGCCAGAAGCCCUUGGUUCGACUGCGUGACAUGGCAGCCGUUAUUGGGAAGAGGGGGAAAGAGAGAAUGACAGCUCAGGUCGCUGAGCGUUGCGGGAGGUCACCUGGCUGUGACUGUAAACGGAGCUGGGUAGUAAUGCACGUCGUGGGUAUUAAGAAAACCUGUAUUAUUGCAGUGACUGUCAGUAGGACCUUAGCUCUUAAGCCUUGGGGGGUGGGGUGGGGAGGGAGGAAGGAGGGUAGGAGGGGUGGGAAGGGAGGAGCGGACAUACUCAUUUAUUAUUUGGAAGUUGGAAGUUUGUACCGUCCGUCUGAGUACAUGCACAUUAACAAAAUAGCACACAGAAACACGCAAAGCAUUUUGUAAAGGUGAAUCACAGAUCUACUCUUACCUGGCAGUUUAUUGAACUAACUGUUUUGCUGAUACUUAUAUAACCUAACCAAAGAGUUACCCAGUAGGGUUUUAGUUUUUGAACUUUAUUUUCUUGUUGAUUAUAAGUCCUGAUUUUAAAAUCUAUUUCCUUGAACAAAAUAGUUGAUUUGGGUUACGUAGACUUAAGUUCUCUUAUUAAAAAUCCUUACUGUCUGCCAGCCCAGCCAAUGUUGACUUCUGGGCAAACCUGAAAAAUGCCACUUUGAUGCAGGUUGUUUGAAGUUAAGGUGGAAUCUUUUCGAAUGACAGAGCUGCAGAGAAUAGAAUCGCCAAGGGCUGCCAUCUGUAGACAGCUGUAAAGUGGAAUAUUUUUAAAUGAAGGCAAAUAAGUCCUUAAAAGGGAGCUGAGCAAUAAAAUGGCGUUCCACGUAAAUGCAACUGAAACAGAAGGAGACCUGGUUGCCUUAUACCUUUACUCUAACAUGGAAUAAAUCCCCACUGUAUAUCGUAUCUACACUGUAAGUGAAGGGAAGUGAAUCCUUGUCUUUCAUGCUGUGAGGCUCCUUUGGAUAUUCUGUGAUGACGGAGAAGCCUGUCCUUUUUCAUUUGUUUCAGCAUCAUUCUCUUGAAGUAGGUUUUUAAAAGAUUUUGUAAGAGUCGUUUUCAGUGUUUAAAUUAGCGCUAUUUUUUUCUUCUUUUUAAAAAUGAAUCUUGUACUGUAUCUUACUAUAUGUCCAUAACAGAUGUUAAGAAUUGGAACAGUUUUAUUCUUAGACUCAUGUGAUCCAAUCUGUAUAUACCAUAUAUAAACAUUUUACACGAAUCACUUAGUUUUUUAAUUAAUUUACUAGUGCUAUAAACGUUCCUGUAUUUACCCCCAGUAACUUGCAUCAGAUGGUGUAUAUACUAAAGCAACAUGUUUCAAUGAGUUUUUUAUAUCCUUGUCUAUGGGGAAAUUGGGUUAGGAAAAAAAUACAUAGUUUUAAAGCUGAGUUUGCUCCAUACUUUUUGCUUGGAUAUUAGUUGUAUACUAAUAUGUUGAUUAACUGUCUACAUAAACCCCACGGUACCUGUAUUUUUAACCCACCGAUUCUUUUUUUUUUUUUUUUAAUUGGGGAAGAGAAAGAUUUGAGGUCUUUUGUUGGAGGUGCCUGUUUAGAAAAGUAAAGUUAGCUUUACAAUUACAAAGACCGUAAUUGUGAGGGAAGCAGAAACAUUCAGGAAGUCACAUUUGCUUAUGCGUUGGGUGUGUUCUCUGACGAGGUAAACACAUCAGAAUUCACCCCUGUUUCAAGACUGAAAUGAUUUGGGAAUGGCACUCACUGGCCAAAAGUAAGUGUCACAGAGAUUUCUGCACCCUAUGUGGUAUUCUGUUAGAUUGUGCAACAAAAAGCACAUAAUUGAGAACAUCUUGGGACAGAUCAAAGCCACUGACGUAUGGCGAGACUCCGAGAUUUCUGAUUUGCCUUGUUAAAUCUGCUCAACUCGAGGAGUCACAGGAAGUUGCUCAAGUUUUGUCUCUGCCACCCAAGUCUUAAAAGUUGUAUCUUGUAAAACUUUGAGUUGAACCGUUUCACAGCUUUGUGCAUGCACGUCUCACCCCUCCACACAUCCUUGCUGCCCUGCAAUACUCCCUAUCCCCUUCCAUUAUCUGAAAGACUGGGAAUUGAAUGGUUAGAGAUGGUAAACCAACCUUUUUUUCUAUGAUGACUAUCCCCUCUAAAGUUGGAAGUUGAUACAUGACAAAUUCUACCUUAGCCCAAAGUAAAGGCUGGGUAGGAGACUCAUUUUUACAUUGGGUGGAUACUAUAACUGAGAUAAGAAGACUUGGCCUCUGCACUUUUGGGUCCCUUAUUCACCAUGUGCUCUGAGCCACAGAAGGACCCUUAGUGGUCUCCAAAGUGGGGCUGGAGUGUUGGUUGUCCUCUGUGAGCUUGGAUGAGAUAUUGAGCAUCCAUUUGAGUAAGCUCUCCAAAGACAUUCAGUAACCUGGGAGGGUGUCAUAAAUUGUUCAGAAAUUAUGACUGCAUUAAUCUGACUCAGUGUAGCACGCAUUUACAUAUGUAAUGGCUCUAAUUACCAUUUGGUUCAUAAAUACAACUGAGUGACAUUAGAUUUUAAUAACAUUUAACUUUUUUAAAAAGAAUGGUUGACAGUGGUGGUUAAAAAAACAGGUACCAUGUUCAGUGCUUUUGCACCAAGUGUUUGACAUAUUGUCUGCUUUUUAAAACAUGUAGACUAUGAACCAUGUUCAUUUUAGGUGUUCAAAUUACGUGUUGUGGAAAAUAUUCCUUGAAUGUGUGGGACUUAAAUUUUUUCCCUUUCAGUACGAUUUUUAUUCUUGUGUUUUAUUUGGUUUUUGCAUUGAUAGCAAAGUGGUAAUUUAUAAUACUAGACAAAAUUGUCUUCUCUUUCAAACCAGAUCCAUAUAUAUAUAUAUAUAUAUAUAUAUAUAUAUAUAUAUAUAUAUGGAGCCUGUUGCUUUUCUGGGGAAAUGCAUAAUCUGUGAAUUCUCAGACAAAAUAGGCAACUGGCAUGCUCAUAACAUAUUCCAAUUUUUAUUGGAAUUUUCCAUGGAAUGUUAUUAUUACAUUAAAGCCAUGUAAGGUGAGGCUUUGAUAAUUUUUUACUUUUUAAAUUAUGGUAAAUUCUAAUCUAAUAUUCAAAAACAUUUUUGUACUCCACAUGAAAAGUGAUAAAUGAUAGUGCAGGCAUUUAGAACAGUAUUGACUGGAGGCAUUUAAUUCCUUAAGAAUUUCUUUCAUAAUCGAAAUCAUAAAUACUUUACUCAGUUGACUUAAAUUUCUAAAAUUAUAAACUGAAUAUUUUUAUUGUAAACCUACCAGAGUAAAUCCUUUGGAAUUUUUUUCUGUUUUUCCUUAUUAUAACUCAUUUAAAAACUGAAUUAGUUUUCUUAGAUGACCUAAAUCUAUCUCUUGAGAAAUAAAUAAAAUAGUCUUGUGUUUCCAGUGGCUAUAGUACCUAAAAUAGGCUUUACUAGAGCCAGAAACAUGCUAUGUUGAAGUUAACUUUUCUUUGUCACAGUUUUGGAUGAUAAGCAUCUAAAAGUAUUAAUGUUUGAAGAUUUCUGUUCUCUACUGGGGCCCUUGAAACUAAGAUGGAAGAAAUUCAACCAGAAUAUUUACAUUAGCGUAUACCCUCGUGUGGUAGGAAGCUGAACUAGUUGACCAAGAAUUCUUGUCACCUUAUACAUUUUGUGAUUUUUUUCCCAGGUUUUUUUUUUUUUUUAAUUCUAAAUGUGUUUUGAGGUAUGUGAACAUUAAUUGUAAUGUAAACUAUUAUACAACUGUCUUUCUGACUUCAGAGCCCGGUGAAUUUUGCUAUUAAUAUUGAAUACAAAUGACGACAAUUCAUUUAUGACCACUCAAACAGUGUUUAUGACAUUUAAUGACAAAGGUUAAAACAUCCAUUGUGGAUAUUAAUUUUGAAGAUGCAAUUUACGCGUUAUUUAAAUUUUUCUGGGCAUCUGAAAAACUCUUACCUGAGAAACAAUGUAAGAUUCCCGCAGAGUUAUCUGGGAUUAUGAAAUUGUUGAAAAUGUUAUAUGCUAAGUGAUACAUAUCACUGAGCCAUUUUCUCAAAAUUGAAGGAGAAAGGGAAAAAAUCAUUAUACAAUUAUCAGGCUUUCUAAUGAAACAGCCAAGAAAAAAAAAUCCUUUUAUAUUUUAAAAACUGAGGAAGUUUUUUCAGACAUGCUCAAACUUUAAGUGAGAAUUUCUUCAACCAUCUAAAUGCUCUAGAGAUUUUGGUUCUCUCUCUGUGUUCACAACCAGUUGUAUAACAGAAAUCCUCAAUAUUGUUUUCCUCCCUGUGUGUGAAGUAAUGAAUCAUUGAUUAUGUGACUUGUGAUGUAUUCUAUUAAACACUAAAGAAUAAAACA